CCCUCGUAAUGCACCCUGUCAUAAAUGUAGAUAACUGUUACACACUGUCCGCGGAAGUGAAUUAAAACAAUCAAGACUAUGGCCAUAUUUCUACGCGUGGAGUAGUAUUUUUGUGUAUAACACGUUUACAUAUGACAAAUGACAGGAGCAAAAGCAUGAACUACUAAUGGUCAGCCAUGCUUUUAUUUUGAAGGUUGAAAACGAACCGGUAGUCCGUCUCCUUUGUUCUCAUUAUUAGCUAGGUAGGCUAAACAUUUAAGUCGACUGGCCAAGCGGACCUCCCCUCCGGAUUUUGCUGGUUAGUAGUACCGUUAAUGGCAACGUACCUGUCGUCAGUUAGCUCUAGCUGGAAGCUAACUUUAUAACGUUACAACACACAAAAGAUAGACCCGUUGGUGUGUUCGUAACAUGGUGUCUAGAAGUUGAGGAACUUGGUUUGUGUCGAGUUAUUUGAUGCUAACACGAAGGGCUAACGUUAGCUACGGUCUGACGGAAAAACUCAACUAACGUCGCUGAAGGGAUGCAGAGUGGAGUAAUAUGUUCCGGGAGACUGAACAGUUAAACAGGUUUGUCAAGCAAUGACGUUAACGUUAAUGUUAACGUGAAGCCUCACGUGGAAGUAGCCGUUGCUAACUUGCUUAUUGAGCAUAUCUGAAAGUAAUGUUGAGUUACUGAACGCAACCUUGGCAGCUCCAAAGGUUGCCAUAUUGUAAAAAAAAAAAAAAAAAAAAAAGAAAAAAAAAAGACAUGUAGACGAGAAGCCUGACUUAUAAAUGCUGGCAUUUCAUUAAGAGAGUCACAAGUAAUAUAAGGAGGGGUCAUUCCUUGUUUCUGUUGAACUGCUCAAACACACCCACAGGUGUGUCUAUGGCCUGUGGACGUCAUUUUGCCUAAACCUGAAUCCUUGUGAACAAGUAUUACAACUUCACAGCUGAACUGGCAAUACGUGCAUGCCUUUCCAGUAAGCUCUCAAAGCUGCCUGCCCAACUUCAUUGAGAGGAGCUGAAAACUGAGUGUCUGCUAAUUUUAAUUCACCUCCAACAAUCUCUGUGAGAAAGCAUGACAGCUGUGGUAGGCAGAGCAUGGGGGUGGGUAUUGGGCUCAUGGAACAGCAGAGCGGUGUCAGAGAAGACCACAGUGGUGAAAGCCAAGGGCCAGGAGCAUGGCUUCAGAGGAGAGGGCCUCGGGGGGUGGACUUCUUGGAUCUGGGGAGGGUGGAGAUGUCAAAGUGACCAAAGUAGUCCAGUAGAGGAGUACUGGGAGGCGCAGGAGAGGCUUCAGCCCAUGGAAAUUGAAGAUCUUGGUGCAGGGAGACAGGAGACAGAUGCAAGUUCAGAACAAGUAUCUAGAUGGUGGAAUAAGUAUCUCCCAACUUCUUAUUUUUCGUGGCCAAGAAAAACAGAAACAAUUGGAUUAAGACGAAGGAAAUGUGAUGUUCAAAGUAGAGAUGCACGGGACUGUGAUAUUGAUGGAGACUUUUCUGACUAUGGAACACCUCCUCCUUCUCCUACACCUCCUUCCUCUCAGCUGACAUCUCCUUUUCGACUCUUUGCGCACAGCUGGAAGGUGGAAAUCCUACCAGAGCACUACGAGAUUUGUUUUAACUUCCUCCGCCACUUGUUUGAUCUGUUCGUGGUUGGCUUCCUGUGGACCGUGUCCCCCCCUGCCAAGCUGAUCCUGGAGGUGUUGGGGGUCCAGGGAGCACUGAGGCUGUGGUUUCAUGGUAUGGCCAUGUUUUUUGUCUCCACAGUUGGAAUGGCUGGAUUACUCUGGUUGAUCCAGGAGUAUCUCCCUCAGUUUGCUUUGAUCUAUGGCAUCAUCCAGGCAUUGGUGAUCUCUGUCAGUGUUCGACAGAGUGUGAUCCUCAGCAUAGAAGAAGAAAAAGAAGAAAAUGAUGAGGGGGGCAAGGAGACCGAAAAAAUGGAAGACUGCAGGGAACAUAAAGAAAAGGUUAUGUCUAUAAACAACAAGGUGAAGACAAGUUAAAUAAAAGAUGGUGAGAAGUUACGGUGUGUCCAGGAGUCCACCAACAUCAGUCCAGCUGUAUCAGACCUCUUCCUGCGGGACUACACAGAGACUGUUUCACUACCCCACUGUGGUCUGCAGUGUGACUAAAGAACUGUAUUAUCCAUUCAUUACGAACUCUUAGUUUUACUCAUGUCACUUUAUGUGAAAACACUAUUGAUCUGCAUUUUAUAGACAUCUGUCCUCAAUUGAUUUUAAUGUUAUCACCAAAAUGUUGACAUUGAUAGCAGUGCAAAGUUUAGUAUCAAAAAGCAUACUCAGUAAUAAUAGAGGCCGUGGAUGUUCAAGAAAUGCCUUUUAAGUAAAAACACAGUAGAAAGUACACAGUAUUUAGGGAAUACUCUGUUGCUUUUCUUGUCCUGUGGGACUACUUUUCUCAUGAUUCGCCGUGAGGCAAUUGCCUGCUUUGGGACCAAGUGAUUGCCUUUGGUGCAUUGUGGGUGAGGAGAAGUGAACAAACUUGACCCAAAACAACCAAAUACACUGCCUGGAUUAACAGAAAUCUUAGGCAUCACCACUGUGGAAAACUAAGUUCCAGGAUUUCAUAGUUAUGCCUAAAAAGGGUGUGAUAAGUAACCCUUCGCUGAAAAGAGAGACACUGAUCAAAUCAUUUAUAUAUGUUAAAUAAUAACUCUCACACCAGCAGACAGCAGUGGUCUGUAUUCAUCAUCUUGACAUUAGUUAGCACAUGAGCAAUUCAGUGUUGAAAGAUCAAAGCAUAUUUACCUUAUGUGGCAAGUUUGUUUUGGUCUCACUCCCUCAUGACUUCAGCUCUCUGUUUACUUUCCUUACUCGUGUGUUUUUUUCUCGUGCUGAACUGAACUGCCAGUCAGUGUUUCAUUCACCAACAGACUCUGCCGUUUGCGACGGGACACAUUGCACUGACUAGGGUGACAGACGCUCGCUGACAGCCCAACAUUGACUGACGGCCGACCUACAGCUUGGUGUGUCAGGGCCUUAAAGUCAAAGUCACAUUACAUGUCUCCCCAGCAAAUAUUCAUUCCAUCUUUAAUUCAACUGAAGUUUGCAAGAUGAACAAAUUUAAGCAUGCAUUUCCUGAUCUGGUGCCAUCUCUAGCUGGCAACAAUCACCUGCUGUUCAACUUUAACCUGCAAAUUUACAUGGUUGACCACUUGAAACACUGCGAAAUGGAGAUGCUGUUAUCCUAACACUGUUAUGUACCUAGUUUUGUGCAAUAUUAGACUCCCAGAUUACUACAUUUCACUUUGUUUACAUACUGUUAUUGUGCUGUUUAAUUAAGCAAUAUCACAUGAGAGGGAGUGAUGUUGUACUGUGAUAUCGUCACGGCUGUGAUUCGGUCGUAGACAUGAAGCCGUAGGCCGAGUGCCGAAGACAAUUACAGCCGAUAUCACAGUACAACAUCACGAACUCUAUGUAACGCAAACAUGGUGCGCCAGGCACUUACUCUUUAUACACAUUUAUCAGCACGUUUCCAUUAAUUGUGCAGCCGGUGAAAUAAGUCUCUGGUGACUGCAUGGUGGACUGUCGCUUCACAGGCACAGCCGACUCUGCCUUCUGAUCUGACAGUAUGUUGCUUUUCUCCAAGUCAUUGAGCUCCGCUGAUGAAACACUGACAAACCUGGAUGUGUGCUCAGAUGGAUUCAGCUUCUCCUCUCCCUCAUCUUUCUCUGAUGACCAUUCAUAGUUCAAUUCAAAACUUAUUUUAGGAAAUAAAUCCAUAUUUUAGGCUGUUUGACAGUGGAUGAAUUAAUUAGCCUACAACGCAACUGCUGACCUAACUGACACUAACCGUCAGUUUUGAUUUGAUUGUUGAUUGCAAUCAGCUGUGAGGUGGAGUGAUACAUACACAGUGAAAUAACCGUGAUGUUGUACUCCAAUAUCAUCACAGUUUUACUGUCUCUCGACCAAUCAGAUUGCAGGGCCGGAACUAACUGUUGUAUAAUAUUCAUUUAUUACCCACAUCGAACCUGUGACAUCACAUUCUAGGGUAGAGUGCAAAGAAAUUCUGUUGAACUAAAGGCUAACGGCUAAUUUUACUGGAGCAGUUCCACAUUUGGUCAAUGGUGGGAAUCCUGGGAGGAGAAAUGGACUUAGUAACCAACACUGCUGAUCGAUUUACUAGUUUUGACACCUGUCAAUAAGCACACACAGGUUACAAAAUACUUUAUUAAAGCCAUAGGGUCUCCUUAAUGCUUGACUCUAAGUAUUGACCUCAAAUUGAAUGUUGACAAUAAAAUAUUUUGGGAAUGAAGACUAACUGAAUGGAAUGCAAUGGUUGGUCCAGUGCUGGUUGUUUUCUUGAAGUAAGCAUCUAAUAGCUUAGAAGAAAUGGUGUCAUCACUUAUCUGUGAUGAUUGCUUCUUAACUUAAAUUAAUAUAACCUCGUCAUUUCUGCUCAUUAAUUUGUUUUGUAUUUUACAUAGUUUCACAUAAUGAUGGGCAUGUCCAAAAUUUGGCCUGGCGUACCCCCACAGACAAAAUAUACAGUAUUUGACCAACCACACGUUGAUUUAUAAAGCAAGUUCACUUACUAUCUUUUCUGUUCACCUCAAGAUGGCAGGACAAUCACACAGUUUGUAGACAAGCACCAAGUAGGAACUACGUAUGUGGAACUAAUGUGUUUUCAUGAACAGAUGGUAAACAAGCAAACUAACACGUAACAGCAGGCAUUUUCUGCUAGGUAGCAGACAGGGCCACGGUAAAGAGGCGUAAAAUCGAAAGUGAGGGAAGCCACUUUUAAGAGCAGUAGAAAGUAGAAUUCUUUUUUAUUGAGUAAUAAAACACGUUGUGUUUUUUUUUUUUAAAAUAUCAUUAAUUCAUAUGAUGCAAGAAGCUGGUCUCCUGAUUUUCACAAUAUCUAAUUUGGCCCCCAUUCAAAAAAGUUUGGACACCUGUGUUGUUGGAGGUAUCUGUUUAGAGGUUUCAAGUAUUGACACAAUACCAGCAGCACAUUUAAAUGUGCUCUUUUUUUCUUUUCUUUUUUUGCCUUUCAC